AUGUUUGUGUCAGCGGUUCGAACAAUUCUCCUAUGCGAGGGACAGAAUGAAGAGAGAUACUAUGAGCUGCUUCAACUUCUUAGCGAGCGUUUGCACCCUGCGAAAAAGCGCGACGACACUUUAGUUCAAUUCACUGCUGCGCGCAACCGACAAGCUGAGACUGCUUAUCUAGAAAGCUCCGGGAUGCUCGCAAGCAUGCUCACACAAGCGUUCAAGAAGCUUCCAAACCUUCAAAAAAUCUUCGUUGUGGUUCCACGGAAACGCUAUUACGGAAUCAUUGACCCCGAUUCUAGGUUCCAAGGAUGUUCCGUUUCCCACAUCGUCCCCAUUGCUCUCUCAGCUUCGGCAAUGGCUGACGUUAAGUUGGAGGAAUUCUCAAUGCGUUGGCCGGUUAUAGGAGACAAUUACGGUGCUUCUGUACAAGCAUUACAAGUGGGCAUAUUUCGCGAUCGUUUCUUAUGCUUGAAGAAGCUUGACAUCCAUUUCAGCGCGAAAGAUUUGCGCGUUAAAGCUCCCGAGAUAUUGUCAUCUACUUCAGCCUUUUUGAGUGAAGCUGUUUCGCUCACAGAGCUCAAACUGUCCUUCGAUGACUGGGAGAGUACGGACCGUAUCUCCGAAAGUAUCGCCAACAACGUUUCUCUGGACAAACUCAGAGUCGUUGCUCUGGAAGGCAUUCGUUUCCGUGCGCAAGACAUAAUCAAAUUCUUGAAAACCCACAGCAAAUCUAUUCGGGAAGUGAGACUACAGUACUGCAGCAUCUCGAUUGGUUCGUGGCUACAAGUUUUGCAAAGCCUCAAGUUCAUAGAGGACCUUGAAACACUGCAUAUCACUCGGACUGAUCUACAAGGCUUCUUUGUUGCAUUCCCUUCGACUGGGGAUAUCUCGUUCUCGCCCCCAUUAUACAACGACGAAAUCGCCGACUGGGUGCGCGUCACGGGCCCUUCAAAGUAUUGUGUCUUGGUGGAAUAUUGGGAAGAUAUGCCAGCUAAACUUCAGGAGUUGGAGUGUGACAUAGUCAAGAUAGCAGUAUCUGUCUUCUUGCUGGCCUGUAUUGCCAAAGAUAGUCUAAGAUAG